AUGAUGGCUGAGUUACUUUCUUCGAAUGGUAUCACUAACGACAGAGAAAAGAAACAUGUUAUCGUUAACUAUCUGCCAGGAGACAUCACAGAAGUUUUACUUCAAGCCAUGUUUGCUUCUUGUGGUGCUAUAACUGGAGUUCGCCUUAUGCGAGACAAAAGCGGAGUUAGUCUUGGUUAUGCGUUCGUAAACUACAACAAUGAAGUUGACGCAGCGAGAGCUAUUGAAAGAUUUGAUGGGCAUCAAAUGGGUGCUAAAAAAAUACGGGUUAGUUAUGCUAGGCCAUCGUCUGAGGAGAUCAAGAAUGCGAAUCUUUACAUCGCCGGUUUACCGAAAUCUACUAGCGAGGACGAACUGAGAGCAUGGUUUAGCGUCUAUGGGACUAUAAUUUCUUCAAAGGUUUUGACAUUAGAAACUGGUGAAAGUCGUGGCGUUGGUUUUAUUCGUUUUGACAAGCGCUCCGAGGCACAAGAAGCAAUCGAUUCCUUGAAUGGUAAAAAUUACUAG